UACCAACAAAAGUAUCUCGAAUACAACGAACUGGAAUAAAAGAUGUGAUCUCUAAUCAAACAUCAGAAACAACAAUUUCUUCAGUUUCAUCAACUGUAGCGUCCAUGGUCUCGAUUGCAAGUAAACGAAAAGCAAAGGGGCGGCCCAAGAAAGGUAGCACAGCUGUUCAUUUGGUUGAAAUCUCAAUGAAUAUGCUCGUGUUGUAUAUUAUACUUUGUUGAGAAAGAAAAAUGUGAGAUGCACGCUGAAAACGAUUUGGUGACCAAAAGUAUGUUUUUGUGGUGGUUAUUUGCAUCUAAAGGUGUUUGGGGAUCAGAAGUGUAUUUUGUCUAGUUAAAGUCUAAAAUACUAGAUCGAAUGACGAUCGUAAAAACAAAGGGUUUAUCAUCAUUCACUAUGUAAAGUCAAUCAGAAAUAAAGAGAUAUGAAUAAUAUAUUAAGUGCUAUAAUAAUACAUUGUGUAUUUGUUUUAUUGAUAUUUUGAACAUUGAUUUGGUUUUUAGUUUUCAUUAUUAGCUUAUUUAUCCCGUAUCUAAUCGAUUUUGACCUAAUCAUUUAUAGCUGAACUGUCUAAUGAAUUUUAUGGGUCAAUGUAAUGAAAACUAAUGCAGUUUCUUAAAUGCUAACUAAUAUAAUAUUUAUGUGGAUUUUCUUUUUGUAUAACGUUACUUCUAAAAAAAUUGAAAGUAAAUCAUAUUUAAACCCGAAAGGAUUGCUGAUGAGGGUGUUCAAUAGUAAUAACCAUACAGCUACUAAUAAGUUGCCAUAGGCGGUUCUAUUUUCAUUCUAAAUAUUUAUUUGAAUCACAAAAGUUUAACGUUUAAUAGUUAAAUGCGCAUGAUCAAUGUUGUUGUGGUUACCCAUCAUUAUUGGAUAAAAAUCGUUUUUUGUCUUCAUAAACUAUUAAAUCUAUUAGAAUUACUAUGCACUCUAAUGUACUAUUUCUACUUCAAUUAGCAUUUAUAUUUGCCGAUGGUGAGUUAUAAGAUCAUACAGAAAAGUUAUUAAUUCAUCUUCAAAAUAACGUGAAUAUUGUUGCGUUCUAGACGAUAAAUUAUUAUUGAAUAAUCUUCAGUGGCCGUCAACUAUUUAUGUUCCAUUAGACGAAACCUAUUUGCUUGAUUGUUCAUCAUGGAAAAGACAACAAUAUACAAAAGAGUUUAGUUGGAAAGUCUACUUUAAUUCAGGCAAAAUUGUCAUAUUAAAAAAUCCUGUACGUUUAGUUGGUUUUCAGAAUACACGUGACGGUUACUAUGAAUGUCAUUCAGAAUUGGUAAAACGAGGUGUUUUCAUCUUUUCAAAUGCUGCACAAGCAAUUAAUCGUACAUGGACACAAACAAUUUAUCAUGAACGUGGCACGAAUGUAUCGGUUUCAUGUCAACCAAUAUAUUUUAAUGGCGGUUUCAAUGAAGAAUUUAUUGAAAUAAUUGAUAUCAAUAAAACCAUUCGUUUCACUACAAAUUCAAUAAUAAUUAAUGGAUUAGAAAGCACUACGUAUCUCAUAUGUAAAUUGUACAUCAGCACACCGGUGAUGGGAGUACGCGUUCGAACAACAAUACCAUUUGGAUCUGAUGAUCACCUAACAACAAGUAAACCACUUCAUAAUCUAUUUUUGCGAGCUGCUACACCAGAAAGAUUUGCACAUCGUAUUGCAUUUGAAGGUGAUACAGUUUAUUUUCGUUGUCCAACAGAAACCAUUGAUAAUAGAACGAAUAUUGAGUGGAAAUUCUUAUCAUGGAAUUCUUAUGAAAUUAAAAUGAUACCAACAAUUUAUAAUCAAGAUGCUAAAAUAUCAUCGGUACAAAUUGAAAACAGCGGAUUGUAUUCAUGUCUUAAUAAUAACGAUAUUAAACAACAAAUUAUACUAACAGUUAUAGAUGGUCCAAAAGCACCUGAUGGUAUCUAUGAUAAAACAAUCAAUAUAAAAUAUGAUUCAAGAUAUUUUAUAUGUUGUAAUCUUAAUGCAUAUCCAUAUCCAACAUAUUCUUGGGAAAUGACUACAGGUGAUGAAGAUACGCAACCGUAUGUUUGGUGUCAUAAACGAUGUUGCUGGUUACUCAUCAAUUAUAAAGAUGUCAUUUGUACAUCAGCAAACAGAUUUGGAUUGGCAAAAUAUUAUAUUAGAUUCAUUGUAAAUGAUGGUGGAAGUACUUCUUCAAUAAUAAAUCUUAAUAUUUUACCAUCAUCGAUGACGAUUCGAAAUGCCGAUAAAUCAAUGCCACAAAAUGUAUUCAUGUCUCCAAAUGACGUAUCGAAGGAGACAUCGGCUGAAGUUGAUCCUAGUUACAUACAACGACCGGACAUUGUAGCAAAUACAGAUCAAGACAGUCAGCCGACAACAGAAUCUAAACAAAACAAAACUAUCCAUAAUACGUUACUUUUGGAUAAUCAACCGAUCGAUGAUAAACUAAAAGUAAUCACCAGCACCAUCAUCGAAGAGGCAAUUAGCACUGAACAACUACUGGAUGAUAUUUUAUUAAAGCGUCAGGAUCUAAAAAUAUUAGUAACACCACCAGAAACAGUCAUACCUGAUAAAGCAAUCAAUUGGGGCAUUAUACAAGACGAACAUCGUUCUAUUCGUCCGUUAUUUCGUGCAUCAACAUCAUCGACUAUCAGUUCUGUUGUACAACGAGAAGAUGUUAACGAAUUGCAUGAGAUCAUCGACAAUCUUUACUUGAAAAAUGAACAACAAAGCUCAGCUGCUACAGAGUUAUUAGCAGCAACAGAGCCACAUUUUUUUGAAGAUAUGAUACAAACUAAAGAAGAAAAAUCAUCAUCAACUGUUGCUAGUAUUCAAAACCCAACAAAAACAGCAGCUGAAACUUUCGUUCUCCCCGAGCAUGUACAAAAUGUAAAUAAAAUUCAUAAACUUCUUCUUAGUUCAACAACAACUGCAACAUCAAAUACAUUACAGACUGUUAGUCAAGACUGGUUUACAGCAGAUAUAGACAAGGAUAAAAUAUAUCAAGAAAAUGCUAAUUGGCAUAAAGUUCACAAAAUCCAUAAUGUACAAACAAGUGAUAAUAGUAUUGUCACAAUUCCAUUCGAAAAUCUCGAAGUAUCUACUAGUCACGAGCACGAAGAUAUUGUCAAACAAGAAACAGCGAAUGAUUAUUCAAGAAUUCUUGUUAGAAACAAAGUUCAAGGACCACAACAGUCAGAUAUCAUAUCUCUCCAUGAAUUUUCUAAAACAUUAGGACAACAAAAUCAAAAAACGACAAAUACAAUACCGAUAAACAUGUUAGAAUUAAUGAAUAAAGUAGAUAGUGAGCAAAAGAAAGAAAAAUCGCUUGAUCGAGAAAUGUAUGAACACAUGGUCGAAUAUCAUGUUCUACGAGAUGAAAAUUUGAAAAUAGCUGUUGAUGUUAAAGAAGAACUUCAAUACAAAUAUAAACACUAA